AUGCUAAGCAUACAAACAUGUCAGAGCAGCAAUCGAGUGGAUUUCCUACUGCGGGGGAAAUUCGUCAAGGGCAGCAAAAGGGACUUUCUCCUGGCCGCAAAGGUAAGCUUGUGUAUAUUCGAGCCCCUGUCCCGAACCCCGCAAGGGACAACAAAGGCGUUGUUUUGCGAACCCAUCGGAUUAUUUGCCUUCCUGUUUGAAAGCGCGUCGAUCCAGGAGGGGAAGCACCAAGACCAAUUCCUCAUCGUAGAUGAAAAAUUGAAUUUCCGAAUCUUAAAAUUUGACGGAAGUUUCGUAGAGACAUGCUUCCUUGGGAACUUCAGAUCAUCCAAACUGAAAAAAUAUGUGAACUAUUCAACCCUAAAAAGUGGAGAAAAAAAAAAUGAGUUUUUCCAGCAGUAUGCCAAGCACAUCCACGUGUGCAAAUUAAAAAAAGUUUUUCUAGUGUGCAUAGAAAAUAUUUUUUUUGUAAUACUUAAUGAAUCAAAUUGGAUCUACAAAAAGUUAAGUGACUAUUGUCUCAAUUACGACUUUCGAGUCAGAUAUAUUUCCAACGAGAGGAAUGUUGAUAUUCUUUACGACCCUCUGCAGCUGAGGCAUUAUAUCAUUCACAGGAACAGACGUGGAAGGAAAAGGCUUAAGUAUAUUUCUUCUUCCUUUUCGGGGGACUGCAAGGCGCAUGUCUACGCGGUAUGUAUGAGUCAUCCCGAGGCAGGACCGGCCCAGGGCAGCAGCAAAGGAAGCGGCCUGCGAACCGGUCUAACAAGCGGCAUACCAACCGGUCUACCAACCGGCCUACCAAGUGACCUACCAACCGGCCUACCAACCGGACAUGCACCGGGUUUUCCCCCCACUGAUAGAGGCCAACGCAGGAAGCACCCCCUGACAAGGAGAAGCAAGUGCCUCAUUAAGGUGAACAAAAUACGCAUCGAAAAAUGUCCAAAGAAAGAAUCAUCCUGUAUUCGUUUUCGAAAAAACGUUUCCUUUGUAACGCUCUUGGAGUGCACCACGGAGGGGUACUCAAAUGUGCAGAGUGGCCCAUCCUGUGCUGAUCAGCGUGGUACCAGCAGUUUAAGUACCACUCAUUGUGACAGAUUAUUGAGAGAAGGGGGUUCGUUCGUGAGGAAUGCGCAAAAUGGGGGGUUAUUCGUAAAUCCGCGGGAUCACAACGAGGUGGGAAAAUCAAACCAUGUUACUUCUCCCCCCCAAGGGAGCACGCCUUACGGAGGAUACGAAGCCAACGAAACGGGAAUGACUUCCCUUCUUGGCAGUGGAAGAGUUGCCCCAACGAAACAUACAGUUUAUUCCCACGAUGAAGAGCAACCAUACGGUGAAUUUCAAAUCAGGAGACAAUACUCCACUGAGAAAAAUCAACAAAAGAAAAAUUACUAUAAUGAAUUUUCCAACUGCACAAGCUUAAAAAUAUGUUUCAUUGUGAAUUUUAUAAAAAAUAAAAAAAGUCACGUCGAUUUUGUAAGACACGUUUUAUUCCUUUUCGAUAGGGAAGAGAACGAAAUGAUGAAAUUAAUGAAAAAUUUGUGGAGGACAAACAUGUUUGAGACAAACGAUUGGGAUUUGCUUAACAUGUAUGGAAUAGAUCUCCCAGGUGAUGAAGGUCUGAUGAAUCACAACAACUAUUUAGUGGAUUCAUCUCUUAAAUGGAAUUCGCUUUAUGGACAUAUAAAAAAGUCGAAGGGUGGAGAAACCGGAAGGCAUAAUUUUGGGACAUGUCCACUGUGCCAGUACCAUUUUGGGAAAAUGAAGUUGCUCCAAGGGGACCCCGUAUUUGAGCAGAUUUUCGAGAGAAACUUUUUCUGUCGGUACGGAGGGGUAGGGGAUGAAAAGGAGGGCACCCGUGGUACUAACGAUUCGGUUAAUGCAGAUGAUGCGAGGAGAGUGGCGGCAUUUCUGCUCGGCCUCUCCACCAGGUUGAAACUCCUCCUUCUCUACUUUUCCCUUUUUUUCUACUCCAGCAGCAAAACGUUGAGUAACUCCUCCUGCACCGUCCUGUUGAGGAGGCAACACGGGGGGCCUUCAAUUAUGCUCGAGCUAGCCAUGCACAUUUACCUUUUGAAUCUUUUUGUAGUUCAUAUUUUUAACUAUGGCUGUGGCGAUUCGGGGGAGGACUCUUCAGCCAACCCCGCACUGGGGAAAUUAGCAGCGGGGAAAUUGGCGACGGGGAAAUUAGCGACCGAGAAAUUAGCGACCGCGAAAUUGGCGAGUGCGCAUGCCCACCGCCAUAAGUAUGACAUAACCCAUAUGGAGGAAGAACCCAACGGAGGAAGUGAGAAUGGCGCUAGUGGGUGCACGCAGAAGGGAGAUAGACUAACGAAUGAAAUGUUGCUCUUGAUGUGUCAAAAAUUGAAUCGACUCUUUGGGGAAUACAUAACUGAUUCCCCACAACGUAGCAGUGCAGGAAUUGAAAUAACUUUACCAAUUUUUCUUAGAGACAGGUUGGAGACAACGGAGGGAGAAACCACAAGUAGAAUUGCUACACAUCAUUUCGAAAUUGUAAAAAGGAUCAUAAUGGACCUACAGAAUCUGCGACAUAUAUCUCUCACCUCGUAUGGCGCGAACCUUACUGUGGUGAAUUAUCGCGUCUCUCUCAACACGGACGUUUUUUUUGUAAACAAAUUGAGAUACUUCAGAAUUGUUAAAAGGGAUGAAGCAUACGAGGAAAUCGAGGAUAACAUUUUAUGUUCGGAUUAUUUUGUUACGUGCCGCAAGGUGUGUGCCAGCGGGUGGAGCUCUAGCUAUGGCUCAGGUUCUACCUCUGCCCGCAUCAAUAAUUUCAUUUGCGCAGAUAUGGAUAUCGCGAUUACAACAGUUGGGGGUGUGUCCACCGUGGGAGGAAGCUCUACGUAUGGCAGGAGUAGCAGUGUUUCUGCGCGGCUGUCGCGCAGGAAGACACAGCCACCAGUACAGCUGGAACCAGCGAGAGGUGUAAACUCGUCGAUUGUGCACCCCACCCAUGUCUCGCUUCAAAUCAGCAAAAGUGCCUUCAACGAGAUAUACGAGAGAAGAAAGAACGCCUUUUUCACUCACCCCCAGGGGGGUGAUCCAAACGAGGGAGCAGCAACCGAGGAGAGGAGGGGUGCCCCCUCCCAAAAGAGAUCCAAACGGAGAAAAAAAUCCCCCUGUUACCUUAACAACGAAAACGAUGCAGAAGACAGUAUAGGGAAGGCACCAUGGGACGAAGAAUCUCCUCCCCGAAAGGACAAAAAUCCAUUUGGAAAUCCUUCCCUAGGGGAGGACAAUGCGUUAUCGAAUGCUCUCAUUGUAUCGUUAGGGAGAGACUAUCCUAGGGAGACCCAUCCUGUGGGGAACCCCUUCGUUAAAAGAUACCUCUCAGUUGAUCUCCGAGGGAAGAAAAUGUAUGUCAUUAUUUUGCUAUUCGACAUGGUAGAAUCCAAAAUGUUCAUAAAAAGGACCAUUUUUGCGAGAGGGAGCUCAUCUACGCAAGGGCAGGUGAGUAACUACUUUAGGAACUUAAUUGCAUCGUCAAAAGGGAUGUAUUGUAUAAGCUCCCUGGGAAGUACCUCCGUGGGUGGCACGCCUGCUUCACCGUCCAAAUCGAGUACCAUGAUGGAAGAAAGCACAAGCUUUAUCCUCUCCCUAAGUGAGGAACAGGCGGACGAACUAUUCAUGAUCAAGUCGUGCGUUUGUAUGGUUUCACGUCAGCAGCAGAUUAAGUACAUUUUUAAAAAUGUAAAGAAGGCAUACUACACUUAUGAGAGGGCCAAAACGGUGAAGGAUUACAAAUACAAGGAAAAGGCGAUCGGUAGUUCUCCGCCCAGUAUGGAGAGCCAGUCCAGCAUCACGGAUGAACUGAAAAAGAUUGCCAGUCUGUGCAAAGGAACGGCGCAGGUGAGGGGAGACCAGCCUGAGUUGCGAAGAGACCAGCCUGAGCUGCGGAGAGGCCAGCCUGAGCUGCGGAGAGGCCAGCCUGACCUACGGAGAGACAUGCAGGACGACGAUCACAUAUUGAGUGUGAAGAGAUUGAAAAAAAAGCUCUCAUCAGAUGGGCUAAUUAUCCUGGACAAGAAUAAUGACCUGCACAGGUUGACCCUCGGCCACAAGGUGCUCCUGGCGAGGCAGACAAUUCAGGCCACAGCUCCCCUGACAAUUCAGGCCACUGCUCCUCCGGAGAAUCACAUCAGCAUGCACACCUUUAUGAUACGUUUCAACGACCAACUGAGCAUUCUCUGCAUGACUAGCUACUUGAAGACCUCCUAUUUGUACGUCCGAAGCAAGAACAACCUGUUCGGGUCUUUCCAAAAUUCGCUCUCUCUGCUGAGAGAAGAAAAAAAAGCGUCUCGCAUAGAAGCAAAUAUCUUCACCAUGUCAGGGAGAGUCCCCACGAAAACCCACUCGCAGGGAAAAAACGUCCAUAUCAAAAGGGGGAACCAACAAAACGACAUGAAAAAAAAAAAAUUUGAAAUGAUCAAAGAAGAGAAAUUAGAAUCACUUAAUCUUACGAAAGGAAAACUUGUUUAUGCAAAAUGUAUAGGUCAAAAUGGAAGAAGCAAUUUUUAUGUCCUGUUGAUAAGCACGAAUAGCAUCACUGUAAAUCAUUAUUAUGUGGAUCCUCUCAGUGGUACCCCUGUACUACUGAUGGAUACAUCCUCGUGGGGUCUGACCUCCUCCCCAGUGGUUCACUACCACUUCGAUAAGGGCAUCCUUGCCUUAUCAUACGUAAGUGGCCUCGUCGAGUUGUUUUACCUAGACGGGAUGAAUAAUCUCUGUUUUUUAAUCGAUCGAGUGUCCUGUGAGGAAAGAAUACACUCCAUUUAUAUGAUCCCCAAGGAGGAGAAAAAAGGGGUCCCCUCCAACAAGGCUAACACACAAUUCGUGGGAGACGUAUAUGAGUACUCCAUAGACACCUUAAACGAUCAUUGUACCAUCACCGGGAUGAUAAAGCUGAAUAAUUUUUUACUCAUCGGGACAAACGAAGGAGUUGUUAAAGCGUAUGACAUUUUCCAGUCAAGCAACGCUCCAAGAAAUGACCUCUUUUUGCGUCACUUCCGGGUUUAUAAAAAUCAGAGGAGAGUAACCAAAAUAUUUGAUGAGUUUUUACUUGGGAAUAAUUCCGUUUAUUUUUUGAAUCCAUUGACAGGGCACGACGGGUGGUCCGAGCCUCCAGGGGCUGUCUAUCAGAAGAGAUUCCGAGCAAUCUCCUUUUGCGAAAGCGGCAUGUUUAUGUUCGUGUCGGAUAGGGUUAUGCGGGGGGGAACGGCGAGAGCGGCGAGGGCGACGAGAGCGGCGAGAGCGAUGCAUUCGGCGGAAGGGGCAAGGAGGCGAAACCACAACUAUUUGGACGAACUGAAAGCAAGGGUGAACGGCUACUUUGGCAACCUGCUGAACCUCGAAAAGGACAAGUUGUGCGACCUCUUGCGGGAUAAGCGUAUAGGAGAAGGAGGCAUGCCAAACAGGAACAUUUUUGUUCUCCCCCUGCGAAUUUUCAAAAAUGGAGUUGAUCCCUCAUCGGGGGGGGUAAGCCGAUCGAAUCCGCCAAACAAAUCGAACCAUUCGAUGGAAGCACACCAAAUGGACAACUCACCCAGUGACGCUACAAAUAGGGGUUCAAAUGAACCCUGCGUAGAAGGGCAUAAAAAAGUCAUCCCCUCUCGCCCCAUUAGUCGGAAAAAUCACGAAACCGUCACCACAAACAAAAGUCACUUCGAUUAUGCAUCGAUCAACCAAAGGUUAAUAAAGGUCAAAUAUGACAUGAGUGUAAAUAAUAUCGUCUUAAUUAAAAACAACGAUAGGACCUUCCCCUACCUCAUCAUUAUCAUCCUAAACCAAAAGCUGUACAGUGGACUGAUCCAAAGGGACCAACUCUUUGCUGAAAAGAGGAAGAGUUGUAAGCAGGAAUGUUCAAUUUGUAAGUUUGUAAAAUUCGACAGGUCGUCUCCACUUUGUGAUUACUACACGGAGAAUUUUGUUCUCUACUCAGAGGUUAGUAGGGAGAGGAGGCAGGGGGGUCUUCCAGUGGAGGGUCUCCCUGCGGAGGGAAGAAGUAACGACCGUGCAGAGUUCAGAAGACGCCACUGCCAUGGUGGCGCAAAAAAAGAGGGCCGCCUCUCCGCCAAAUGUGUGAACACAGAUGAGCCAAACAAAACUAACGGAUUGCCCCCGGAGAAGAGAGACAAAGAAAGAGGAAUAGGAACCCACUGUGGAAGUAACAACCCGUGUCUGAAAAUGAACAAGAAGAUUAUUAAUACCUUUAAAAGUAGCAGCCUGUCCGAUGUGUUUCUCAUCAACCUAGAUCGAAAAUACAUCCUUACUGAGUUGUUCCUGAUUUGCUCCAGCACAGAGAAGGGGGAAAUUAUUGAUGCCAUCGAGGGGAGCGCCGAUAGGAAGCAGGAAGGGGGGCAGAGCUCAGGGCAGAGCUCAGGACAUAGCCCAGGACAUAGCUCAGGACAGAGCCCAGGACAUAGCUCAGGACAGAGCCCAGGACAGAGCUCAGGGCAGAUCCCAGGACAGAGCUCAGGGCAGAUCCCAGGACAGAGCUCAGAGCAAAACCCAGGGUAUCAUUUUUCCGGCCAUGUCGCACGACCCCCCUGUGGGUUCCCCCCGCGACGCUUCCCCGUGAAGCUUCUCACGAACAGCCUUGACUUGGAGGGAAAUACGAAAGAUAGUCCCAACUCCUUGUGCAUAUACACCCAAUUAUACCUAAGGGAUCAGAACCUCUUUGCUUGGAACAAAAAUGUCUUGUGUCUUCUGCGCAACCAGUGCGUCAACUUUGUGAACAGAUUCUACGCCUUCUUGUUUUACAACACCGUUAGCAGGACGCAUGAGCUGAACCCGUUUUUUCAAGAUAGGUGGGUAGCAAAGAAUAUAGCUGUUACCCGGGAAGGUAGUAGCGAGCUUGCUCUUGGUGACCUAACCGUUAAGAGUGCCCCCCGAGGUAGGGACAAUUACUAUCCUAAGGAUGAAGAGAAGAGGAGGGAACUGCUGCAUAACUGCGUCAAUCGCAUCUGCAACAUAUUGAUGGUACUUAUUGGAAUGAAAACACAGGAGGUGAUUAGCAAAAAUUUGUUUCUUCACUCGAGUCAUAAGAAGGGAAGGGGGGGAGAAUCGAACGGUAGCUACAAAGGUGAAAGGGGGGACACACACGAAGAAGAUGCGCGAGACAUCAGAAGUGGCGACGCGAAGGGAAGCGGAACGAAGAAAAAAAAGGGCACCGGGGAUCACUACAACUGCACAAAGAAACAGAGAAAAAUGGGAAACAACGAGACUGUGCCAUUGGACCAAAAGGGUGGCCCAAUUGAUCCCUCCAAGUGUGUAGACGACGGUGAUGGAAGUGGAAGCCCUAUAGCAGAUUCACCCCAAAAACAGAUCGACGUAACCCCAGACCCAACCACGAACCUAUGGGAAGUUUUAAAACACGUUGAAGAGGAGGCAGAGAAAUAUCCCAAGUAUCUUCGUCGGAUGAACCUACCAGAGGAACUUAAUCCACAGGAGGGUAGCAACGGGAAGCCUUCUCUAAACCGAAAUGUGGUCACAAAAAUGUUAUUUGUAAGCUUAUUCAACCAGGUAGAAAACAUAUACAAGUUGGGCCUGCUAGGGGGAGUGCCCUCCAAGCGGCGCGAAGCGGACAACGUAGGCGCGAGCACAUCCGUGAGCUCAUCCGUGAGCUCAUCCGUGAGCACAUCCGUGAGAUCACCCGCGAACGAAGGCGACUGCUACCUAACCUUCCUCGCCAUGCACCUCAAAGGGAGCAAGUACCACUUCAGCUCCGUGACCGAGUAUUACAAAAUAGUGAGCAAGAAAAGCGCCAAGGGGAGGAGGGGCCCUCUCGAAACGGACCCCCUAGAGGAGUACGCUGUGAAAAGGGACGACCGAGCGGUUGGAGAAGCAGACGGAGUGGGCAAACCGGUAGGAGCAGGCGUACCAACCGGAGUGGGCGAAGCAGGUGGGGGCGCUUCCCCCCGGAGCGGAACCCCCCGAUGUAGGAACAAGACGCACAAAAAGGAGCACACACAAGUGAGGAGAAGAAGAAUUCACAAAAUUAUUCACCAUGACAGAUGCACAAGACAAGGAAAAGGGAGACUCCUCGUGAGAGUUUCCUUCUGGAUCAACAUCAAAUAUGUGUAUAAAAAUUUGCUCGUUAUGCGGCUUGAGCAGAGGCCCGCGAGCGAGGGGGUAGCCAGCGAGGGGGUAGCGAACAACGGGGCAGCUAACAACGGGGCAGCGAACAACGGGGCAGCGAACGAGGGGCCCCCCACACCCGCGCGCAAAGACAAAACCGCACGCAAAGACAAAACCGCGCUGGUAUUCCAAAAGGCGAAGCGAGAAGACAUCCUCUCCUUCUUCAUUAAAAACACAACGACGACCACCCCCCUCACCUACAUGAGCAGGGGCAUGAAAAACAUAAAGACCUUCCUGACGAAGUACCUAAUCUUCACGCAGAAAAAUCACAUAGUCCUACUCAAAAUCGUUUUUGCAAAAAGUAAUAGAAAAAUUUCAAAAAGCAAGAACGGACUGAUGGAAAAAAUCCUGCAGAAUUGUAUCUACGACAAGAAAAUGCUUCUCUAUCGAACGCAAGAAGGGAGAAUAGUGAAAUUUUCCGAUAUCUUUAAUGAGCUGCUUGGCCAGCAGUACGUAAUAAAGAACAGGUCCAGCGGGAAGAAGGGCCUAAGCGAAGUAGAGUACAUAGAAAUGUUAGCGAGUAGCAGGGGCAGGCCGGACGGGGCGCCGACCAACACGACGGGCGGCACGAUGGGCGGCACGACGAACACAACGAGGAACACCCGGGGGAACAACCCAGCCCGAAGUGCGAACCCAGACCGAAGUGCCAACCCUGAGGGAAGCGCGCAAAGCACGCCGUCGGCAGCGAAUCCAAGACAUGGAGAAUACCCAAACAAGCAGCAGUACCACAUGAUGAAGCAAAAGGAAGAGCAGUACGUGGACCUAUUUAAAAGUUACACUUUCGAGGAACAAUUUAACCUCGCAGAGAAGGAGUUCCUCUACCCCCUCAAGUACGAAAUCGUGGAGCAUCACAGAAACGAAGAAAAUUUUGAAAACAUAAACGAUAUGCAUGUGUAUGAAAAUAAAAUUCUCAUCGUUACAAAAAGUUACGUUCGCUUGUACCAAUAUGAUGAACAGAAAAAUACUCUGACCCUGCAAUGCUCCAAUACCUUUUACAAUAUGAAUAACAUGAUAAUUAAUGAAAAAUACAGAAAGGCAUUAGUCCUGCGAGGCAUUUUCCAAAGUGUUAACAUCACGUCGAAGAGGUUCCUGUCUGUUUAUUACAUACUCGGGAAGUGUAUGCACUAUAUUGGUAAUAUAAAAUUACGAAACAAAAUAAAACUCAUUUUUGAAAAUAAAUUGCUACACAGUGUUAUGGGGAUUAACAUGAAUGUCAAUCAUAGGGAACACAUGAUAGACAGCAUACGAACGUAUCAGAAAUUUUUUUUUAAUUUUUUUCUUGUCGACUCGAAAUGUAAUUUUUUAUCCAUAUAUAGCUCACCAUUCGGGGAAGACAAACAAAGGCAAAGUUACUUUUACGAUCAUAAUCGGGCUGUGCAGAUAUGUCAUGACCUCAUUUCGUACGAUUUUUCGGAUAGGAAAAGUGCCUUCCAUUUACUAAACGAUAUGUAUGAUAUGCGGGCCAAUAAAAAUACCUCCUACUUUUCUCUACAAACACGUAUGCAGGACUAUGGAGACAUUAUCAGAAGUGACCUUUACCACAUGAGGGUGUACCGCUCUGCCCCCCCCUGUGCUAAUCAGCCUGUUGAGUAUUAUCCCCGACGCGCAGGUACAAAACACGCACAAGAACCCUCCCUCGAAAGAAACAUUGUGAGAAAAAUUGAAGAAAUGAAUAAGUACCGAUUUGAUCCCAUAAGAGACUACAACGGGGUUAUAAAAAACAACAUCAGAGACAACUGUUACUACGAUGUAGAUUUUUAUCACUUCCUUGAUUGCAUCCACAAUAUGGACCAAGGCACCUUCUCCAAAGAGACCAAACUUGCAGAAUAUAAAAACUAUUUGAAAAACAGCUUUGCAGACAAUUCGCUCUUUCAAAUUUACUUCAACUUCCUCACAUACAUGUCCAAUAAUCCCAACAUGUUCCAUCACAUGAAAAAAUAUUUACAUUUCCAUCCCUACUCCACCAAGUUGUUAAAAAACAGGACGUAUUUCUUCAACAUGGAUUUGCUCAACGUCAUUUUUAGCUUUGACAACGACGCUUUGGAUGAACUUAAAAGUGUCCUCAGUUUAUUCCCUACUUGUCCUUCCCUCGACGAGCUGUUCACGGCAGUCUCUCUGCUCCACAUGCCCCUUGGAGGGGCAUAG